GUUGGAUCAGCGUUCCAACGAGCCGAGGUUUAAUUUUAGCGGAUCCUAGCAUGCCACUACUAUCUAAUACGGCGUCACUGUACGACGUUAAUAUCGAGAUUUGUGACAUCAAACAGGAUCUUUCCCCAGGUCAUUCAUACUUCCCAAAGCAAGAUGACCACGAACAUGCCGGAGACCAAGGCUCCAGCGGCAGCCAUCCCAAAAGAAACAUCAUUUGACACCAUACCUUACGAUGCUCCACUAGAUAAUCUGAAUACCGUCCUUCAAAAGCGAGGAUUGACAACCGCAACCCUCCCAGCCUGGGCCAAGAAGAAAUCCCAAGCAGGCUCCAAUUCCAAGCAUCUCACUGUCCCCACAGCGGAUCUCCGAGGGAAGCGCGUGAUCAUCACCGGCAGUAACAGUGGUAUCGGUCGCGAAGCUGCUCUACAAAUGGCAGCAUGGGGUGCAAAUCUAGUUCUAGGAUGUCGCCCAAAUCCUCCUCCUCAUGAAUUGCACCCUGAUGUGGUGGUCGAGGAGUGUAUGCAAGCUGCCAAGAAAGCUGGAAACGUGAUUGAAGCCGAAUGGUGGCCCAUCGACCAUGCGGAUUUGAAGACUGUGGAUGCGUUUGCGCAGAGAUGGUUGGCUACUGGUCAUGAACUCGAUAUUUUAUGCAGCAACAUAGGAAUGGGUGCGAAACGUCCUGUGCCAGAGGAACAGGCGAAGAAGGGCGAGAAGUAUCGCAAGACGGUAGAUGGAUUUGAGGAGGUUCAUUCGGUUAACUUCCUUGGACAUGUCGAACUCAUCUUAAAUCUUCUCCCAGCCUUGGCUCGCGCGUCUGAGCCUCGCGUUGUCUGCACCACGUCAUGCUUCCAUUAUCUCGGCAAGUUCGACAUCCAAAACUGGAACGGCGAAAAUGACGACGCUGGGAUUGGCGGCGUUCAAUUCUACCAGAAUAGCAAAUUGAGGUACCAGAUCUGGCUUACCGAGCUGCAGCGUCGCCUACUUCUCCAUCCGGAGUAUCGUCACAUCACCGUCAUUGGGUGUCAUCCGGGCUUUGUCAAUUCUGGAAUUUGGUAUAUGCCUGGAAAAUCAUGGGUGUCUUGGAUUCAAGAGAAGGCCACGCAGUUCCUGGCAUCGAGGGUGGGCAUCAACUCUCAGCAGGGGAGCUUGGCUAUACUUCACGUUGCGACAAGUCCGGAAGCUGGACCAGAUCCUAAGGUACAGAUUGUUGGCAAGGAGGGAGGAGGUGGUGGUGGUAGGUAUUUCAAUCGAAUUUGGGAGGAUGAGGCUAUGCCACAUUGUGAGGAUGCUGACUGUCGGUCGAGAGUAUGGCGGAAGGUGAAUGACGAGUUGAAGCUAAGCGAGAAGGGUCUUCUAGACGUGCUUGGAGUUCUUGGGACCCUAUGA